ACUUUCACUUCCCAGCUUCUCACUGUAUCUACAUUCUCUUUCGACGCGAGCAACUGUGUUUGCCCGCUCCUUGCGAAGUUGACCCUCGCUCUUUUCACUUUUGGACCACACUCACUUGGCCUGGCGCUCAUUGACAUACAACACAACAACACCGACAUACAACGAAACAAGACAUAGCAAGCACUAUCAAGAUGAAGGCCGCCUAUCUCACCUUCGGCCUGUUCGCCACCCUCACUUCCGCCUACUCCAAGAGGCAUCCCCGUUACAUGCGUCUCGGGAGACACAACAAUGGAACUGCCGGCAUCAUCGUGGGCGCUCCCGCGGAUGAGGCUGCCAGCUCCGACACAGUCUCUGUUCCCCUGGGCACCGGUGUCACCAGUGCUGCUCCUCUCCCGACAAACGGCACUGCUGGUGCGAUCACCACUUUGACUGUGUCGACCACUUCGGUCCGCACCGUCACUUCGUGUCUCCCCAUCGUCACCGACUGCCCUUCCAAGACUGAGGACCUCGCCAACCUCCCCAGCGAGUCUCUCAGCACCGCUACCGUCACGGACACCAUCAUCCUCACCGAGACUGUCUGCCCCGUGACCGCUGUUCCCUCCAUCUCGUCCAGUGUUCUGGAUGAAGCCUCCAAGGGCGUCAUCACUGGCAGCACCCUGACGGAGUCUGCCACCACCACUGCUUCGCCCGAGGAGGGCGUGACUGCCACCGAGUCCAACGCAGUCACCGAGACCGACCCCGCUGCCGUCACCACCCUCACGCUUUCGACCACUUCGGUCCGCACCGUUACCUCGUGCCUUCCCGACGUCAUCGACUGCCCUACCAAGACCGAGGACUUCUCCAACUUCCCGAGCGAGGCCCUCGGCACUGCCACCGUGACUGACACCGUCAUCCUCACCGAGACUGUUUGCCCUGUCACCGCCGUCCCCUCCAUCUCGUCCAGCGUCAUGGACGAGGCUUCCAAGGGCCUCAUCACCGGCAGCACCGUCACCGUCACCGAGACUGCCGCGGCCGAGGUCUCGACUGCCACCGAGACCAAGGUCAUGACCCUGACCCAGACCAAGGUCGUCACCAUCACCAAGGGCGGCGACGGCGCCGGCGCCGGCGAGGUCAUCACCACCACCGUCGAGUCCACCGUCGAGUCCACCACGGUCGAGGUCGUCACCCACACCCAGGAGCCCGCCAACCCCCCGGCCGUGACCCCGCCCGCCGAGGGCGGCGAGCAGGACACUACCACCACCGAGACCAUCACCUCGACCGGCACCCGCACCGUCACCGUCAAGAACCCCGUGACCACCACCGUCGGCGUCAAGCCCGGCAGCGGUAACGGCGAGGGCGAAAGCAACGAGGACAACAACGGCGCCUGCAACUGCGACGCGGCCGCGCCCGCCGAGAAGACGGUCACGGUCACCAAGGAAGCCGUGACCGUCACGGCCGACGCGCCCGCCUCCACCGUCUUCGUGACCGUCGGCGACUGCGAGGCCACCAACACCGCCGCGCCCGCCCCUACCGUCGCAGACGACGAUGCUGACAAGACCAGCGCCGCGCCCGCGGCCACCUCCACCGCCGUCGGCAGCGGCGAGUCCGGCGCCGGCAUCAUCGUCGAUGACGGCGAGGAGGACAACGAGGAGGAGAACAACAGCGGCGAGGACAACGGCGAGGCCGAGGAGUCGGCCUGCCCGCCGGACGAGAUCGUCACCGUCACCUCGACCGCCGCCGAGGCCUCGGCCACGGCCACGGAGUCGGCUGCGCCCAGCGAGACUACUGCGCCCGGUGCCGGUGCGGGUGAGGGUAACGGUGCGGGCGAGGAUGAGGAGGAUGAUACCUGCCCCGAGGACGAGGUCGUCACCGUGACGGCGACGGCGACGGAUGCGGCGUCGGAGACGCCCGAGGCUACGCCGAGUGUGGCGCCUUCGGGGUUGUAAGGGGUUUGUGGAAUGGGUUUUGGGUGAGGUUAGAUUAGAUUAGGGAGGCUUUUUUUAUCAUCGAAUUGUUUUUUGU